CGUGUUGUUUGAGGCGGAGACGGAGACGACGGCGACGAAGAGGAGAAUCGCGAACUGAUUUGGGGGCAAGCCAAGCGGGCGGGGAGGUUGGAUUAGCUAGAGUUCUGGGAGGGAGUGGGUUCGCCGCCGAGGGCGGCAGAUGGCGGCCGUGGAGAGGCAGCUGGUGGUUGCCGUCGAGGGGACGGCGGCGAUUGGGCCCUACUGGUCCACCAUUGUGGCGGACUACGUCGAGAAGAUCAUGCGGAACUUCUGUGCAAGUGAACUGCCAGGGCAGAAGCUUGCAGGAGCACCACCUGAGCUUGCCUUAGUUGUUUUUCAUACCCAUGGACCGUACAGUGCUUUUGGUGUGCAGUGCAGUGGAUGGACGAAAGAUACCGAUGCUUUCCUAUCAUGGUUGUUAGGAAUAUCAUUCAGUGGUGGAGGAUUUAGCGAAGCUUCUACUUGUGAAGGUCUCGCUGAAGCACUGACGAUACUUCAAGGCAGUCCUAAUACAACAACCCAAAGUCAUCAAAACCAUGAAGCACAAAAGCAUUGCAUACUUGUCACGGCAAGUAAUCCAUAUCCUUUGCCUACACCUGUCUAUCGUCUUCCUACUCAAAGCGUUGAUCACAAAGAGAACAUUGAGUCAUCAAAAGAGCCUUCUAUUGCUGAUGCUGAGACUGUUGCGAAAUCAUUUGCUCAGUGCUCUGUCUCAUUGUCAGUGAUAUCUCCAAAACAGGUUCCGACAUUAAAGGCUAUAUAUAAUGCGGGCAAGCGAAAUCCUCGAGCUGCUGAUCCAUCAGUCGAUCAUGCAAAAAACCCACACUUCCUUGUUCUUCUAUCUGAGAAUUUCAUGGAGGCGCGGACUGCUCUAAGUCGUCCUUUACCUGGGAACAUGGCCCCAAAUCAAACCAUAACGAAGAUGGACACUGCACCUGCAGUUACAAUGUCAGGACCAACUUCAAAUGCCAAUUCCUCAGGUUGAAAAGAUGUUAAUGUUAGGCAUACUUUUUUCAAUAAGUUAUGUUUUUGGUUCUUCCCCUUAUAGAAAGGAAAUGUUGUUGAUGUGAUAUCUGUGCGCAGGAGGGAUGUUGGGAAAGUUUUAUAAAAGAGGUUUAGGUAUUUUCACCUAGUUAAGUGAGAAUUGGUUUAACGAAUACUAGUUUCAAUUUGACUGAGGAAAAAUUACCCAAGUGAAUUUAUUCUUGAUGUGUCAAUUUGGCCGGCAUUCCUAACAUAUGGCAGAAAAAGUAAUAAUGAAUAUGGCCGACUAUUUUGCAGCA